CUAAACUCUCGCGGUGCUACCAUUCAGACAUCUUGCAUUUUACUAAAUCUGGUUUUAGAGAAAAUUGUCAUAAAACAUACACCUUAUCUAUAUCUACAUAUAUUCUGCACAGAAACAGACCUUUUUUACUCGUUUGAACCGAGAUUAGUUUUCUUCCGAAUUAGCAGAUGUGAGGCGGUUGGACCGAGACUCGCGUGUCAGUCCCGCGGAGUUUAGACGGUUUCUCACGGGGGUUCUCUAGCCGUAUUGUGCGUCAUCUCCAUCGCUGCCGUUUUGUUAUUUUUCUCCAUUGAGGAAAUAUGGCAACUCCCGCCGCGGUCAACCCGUCCGAGAUGGGCAGUGAGUUGCCAGGGACAGUAGCGAUGCCAGGGGCAGUUGGAGCCGGUCAGGUGAGAAUGGGAGGAGCUGUGCCAGGCCGCGGGGGCAAGAGGAGAUCAGGAGGAAUGGACUUUGACGAUGAAGACGGAGAGGGACCUAGCAAAUUUUCAAGAGAGAACCACAGCGAAAUUGAGCGACGCCGGCGCAACAAAAUGACCCAGUACAUCACUGAGCUGUCAGACAUGGUCCCUACCUGCAGUGCACUGGCCCGAAAACCUGAUAAACUGACCAUCCUGCGUAUGGCUGUCUCCCAUAUGAAAUCAAUGAGGGGUACUGGGAACACGUCCACUGAUGGAGCCUAUAAGCCCUCCUUUCUCACUGAACAGGAACUGAAGCAUCUUAUCCUGGAAGCGGCGGACGGAUUCCUGUUUGUGGUUGCCGCAGAGACGGGACGGGUGAUCUACGUGUCGGACUCGGUGGCACCGGUGCUGAACCAUCCCCAGGCAGAGUGGUUUGGCAGCACUCUGUAUGAACAGGUGCACCCUGAUGAUGUGGACAAGCUGAGGGAACAACUCAGUACUUCAGAAAACUCCAUGACAGGACGGAUUCUGGACCUGAAGACAGGAACAGUGAAGAAGGAGGGGCAGCAGUCCUCCAUGAGGAUGUGCAUGGGUUCUCGACGGUCCUUCAUCUGCCGCAUGAGGUGCGGGAGUGCUCCUUUGGAUCACAUCUCCCUAAACCGUCUGUCUAACAUGAGGAAGCGAUACAGGAAUGGACUUGGACCUUCAAAAGAAGGAGAGGCUCAGUACUCUGUGGUGCAUUGCACUGGCUACAUCAAAGCCUGGCCCCCCGCAGGUAUGACUAUACCAGAAGAAGACACAGAGGCAGGUCAAACUGGAAAAUACUGCCUGGUGGCCAUCGGAAGACUGCAGGUGACUAGCUCUCCAGUCUCUAUGGAUAUGAAUGGCCUGUCUGUGCCCACAGAGUUCCUGUCACGUCACAACUCGGAUGGUGUAAUCACUUUUGUCGACCCGCGCUGCAUCAACGUCAUUGGUUAUCAGCCUCAGGACUUGCUGGGGAAAGACAUCCUGGAGUUCUGCCAUCCUGAGGACCAGAGUCACCUGAGAGAAAGUUUCCAACAGGUGGUAAAGUUGAAGGGUCAGGUUCUGUCUGUGAUGUACCGUUUCCGAAUGAAGAACAGGGAGUGGAUGCUGAUCCGAACCAGCAGCUUCACCUUCCAGAACCCAUACUCUGAUGAGAUAGAGUACAUCAUCUGCACCAACACCAACGUCAAGCAGCUACAGCAGCAGCAGCAAGCAGAGCUGGAGGUCCACCAGAGAGAUGGAUUAACUGCCUACGAUCUUUCCCAGGUGCCUGUGGCCAGCGUCAGUAGCGGAGUCCAUGAGGCAGGGAAGAACAUCGACAAGACAGAUGUCCUGUUCUCCCAGGAUAGAGACCCACGCUUUGCUGAGAUGUACACUGGCAUCUCUGGCUCGGGAGAUAAGAAGAUGAUGGUUCCAUCCUCUACAGCUGGAGGACAGCAGCUCUACUCGCAGAGCUCUCCCUUUCAGCAGGGACACUCUGGCAAAAGCUUCAGUUCCUCUGUGAUCCACGUCCCUGGUGUGAACGACAUACAGCCAUCAGGCUCAUCCAAUCAGAAUCUAGCUCAGAUCUCCAGACAGCUCAAUCCAGGCCAGGUGGCGUGGUCAGGCAACCGACCCCCCUUCUCUGGACAGUCCAGUAAAGCCCAGUCCAGUCCAUUUGGUAUUGGUUCUGGCCACAGCUACCAGACAGAUCCGGCCUCCUAUAGUCCCCUGUCGUCCCCGGCCACUUCCUCCCCCAGCGGCAAUGCCUACUCUGGACUGACAAACCGCAGCACAGCUUUUGAUGUGUCGGGGGAGAGCAGUCAGAGUGGAGCCCAGUUCCAGGGUCGUCCCAGUGAGGUCUGGUCCCAGUGGCAGAACCAGCAUCAUUCCCAGCAGGCCGGGGAACAGCACACACACCCCAACCCCAGCCAGACAGAAGUUUUCCAGGACAUGUUACCCAUGGCUGGAGAUCCCACCCAGGGAACAGCCAACUACAACAUUGAGGACUUUGCUGACCUCGGCAUGUUCCCACCCUUCUCUGAGUAAUUGCCCCUUUCUCCAUCACUCUCCCUCUCAGAACUGGACUGAUGUUUGCAUUCAUCCGUCAUGUUGUCUCAUUUUUCUAUAUUGCUGGACCAACAAAACACAGCUGAUGUGCAGCACAGUGAAUGUCUGGGCUGGGUGCACUUGUCAUUUGCACACAUACAAACACACAGUUUACUUAUGUUUGAGUUCCAAGGCCUUUGGUAUGUAUCUAUGAACAUACACAUACCUCAUCUUUGCAAAGAGGAAGCUCUUUGUGACAUUCAAGUCACGAAAGCUGUUGAGCUCCCUGCAGUCAGCAUCAGCAUGACCAGAGGAGGUCAGUCAAGUGAGUAAAGCUGUAUUUGUCAGAGACUAGUAUCUAUUAUUAUCCAAGAUUUGACUUCCUCUCUUUCAGAUUUGACAAAGCAAAACUUUCCACCAAAAAUGUCCACAUGACAUCAUUUUUGUCAGUGUCUGCAAGCAUCCUCGUAGAUGACCAAAAUGUAUGGCUGUUCCUAUUGCACAUAUGCUACACCCAAUGAUGUACAGAACUGCAUGCGUCUCCACUGCUGUCUGCGUCCACAUCUGUGUUGGAGUACAUCAUGUCUUGUUUUCAGGAUUUAAUAAUAACAAUAAGUGGAUAAAAACAUUUACUUAUAAGUCAUUCUUCUCUCAACAACAUAGGGAUAAGCUGUGUCAUGCAGAUACUCCACUGCUGCAUAGCAUUAACAAUCAUUGCAGUCCCUGUCACCUGUCCCACUUGUAGAGUAUGUCCCUCAACAGGGUGACACAAGUACUGGCACAGAGUGUUUUUGAGAGGUUUUUUUUACUUAACGGGACAUACAGUAUGUUAUUAGAUAAGUCAUAGUGAUGGUGUUGAUGUAGAGCUGACUGUGUUCUACUGCACAGCAUCUUCACAUUUCACUGGAAAAAAGAGCAUUCAUCUCUACUUAUCUGUUGAAGAAUUCAGACUACAGAAAAGUUGCACAAAGCAGAGUUCUUGCUCAACUGUGAUUUGGACUGAAGAAAAGAAUAUUGCCUACUCAUUGGCACAUUGAAAAUGGCUUUUUUUUAAAGAAAAGGUUGAGAGAAUAAGUACUGUACCUGCCUAAAGACCUAAGAGUGAGUGAGCACAUUAUCUUCAUCAUAGUCUCAACAGCCCCAGACAGCAACACUUAGUGUAAAUAUGUGUGCAUCGCCAGACCCUUUACUUCUCAGCAUGAUUAUAUUGUAGUGGUGAGCUCACAAAUUAAUAUACAGUCACCCAGUGCAUACAUAUGGCAAUAACACACACAGGGUCACACAUCUGACCUUCUGGUGUCACCAGUCACACUGAUGCAUUAUCACAUGCAUAAUGUGACACACAGGUGACAUUAGUGUAAUUGAGUGAUAUUAUUAGUGCCAAAAUUGUGGACAGAGGAAUUCUGGUUUAUGUUCAAUCAAAGUUCACAUUGUUGACAUUCAUUCAUUCAUUAAUAAUUGUAUCAGUGUGCUUUUUGAGUGAGCAUGUGCACAUCAUUUCACAGAAAUCAUAGAACAAAGUUGACACACAGCAUUAUUAGUCAGCUGAAAACUGUCCCUUACUCACAGUAAAACAAUGAGACCGACCAAUAAAUCCUAGUUAACAAUCCCCUCCUCUGGUAAUACCUGCAGUGAUUGUAGAGAGCAGAUAUCGACAGCAGUAUCGAUGUACAUGCCAGUCCUGAGUACAUGUUCCCACAUACACGCAGUAAGAUUUCUGUGAGUGUUGAAGAUGUUCACCUCCGUCUGCCUGGUUCAGCCUCUGGCACCAUCGCUGCCAAACAGCAGCAGGAGAGGAGGAGAUCUCCACCUGCUGCUGUCCUCACUCUCUCCAUUAACCUUAUUGUGUAAACUAUAUGUAGUGAUGUCCAGAGCUCUAGAGAAAACCUUUAUGCGAGUAUAGAAGGAUUCUGUGUAUAAAUUAAAAUCUUCAUUGAAAAACAAAAAUAGAUCAUUGCAGGCAGUUGCUAAGCUAAGGCUUAAAGUGCACUUCAUGAAUCUAACUGCUAAUCUCACCAGCCUGCUUUAAAAGGGAAAAACCGCCAUACCGUCCAAGCAAAGCGCAGUAUUUACUAGUGUAUUUGGUGUUCUUCAGCUCUGGCUACUUGACUUUAUUACUUUAUAAUCUUUUCAACUAUUAAGAGACUUAAUAAUACUUUCUAGCAGGGGAGAUUUUACAUGAUAGAUUGUAUAAUGUCUCUGACAGACGGAUGGGAGAACCUUGAACAGACAUCAGAGUCCUUUUGCUAAAGAUCUCAAAAUGAUGUUUUUUUUGUAAAUAAUGUGAUUUUUAUGUCGACUGGUGUUACUUUCACACAGUACAUGUUUUUUGUGUAGGUUUUAAUGAUAUUGUGUGCAAUGUGAGUACAUAUUUAACUAUUGGUAUUUAGUUAGUCUGUUAAUUGUACAUUGAGUUCUAGACCUGUGUAAAUUGUGUAAAUGUGACCCAUUAUUUUUGUGUAACAAAUUGUGCUUGUGACAAUAAAUUCUUAUUGGUUA